CAGUCUCACAUGGACUCGGAUGCUUCCAGGGAGUCUCGCGUAGCGCAGUCGGCUCCCGCCACUCGUGCACCCUCUUCUGAUGCGCCGCGCAACGACCAAGAACUUGCGGACAGAACCGGAAAAACAAAGGAUCAUCCGGCAAGACGUCUGGUUCGGCCAAGGACUGAUCACCUCCCGACGAAGCCGUCGUCGAAGCCGCUCAACCGAGUUCUCUUUGAGGCGGUGAAGGGGGCAGUGAAAGUGGAUCAGUAUCAAAGAUAUCACGAGGAGGUAUUAGACGCCGCGAAUGAGAAGCACAAGAUAGCCAUGUCCCGCCUUGGGGAGGAGGUAAAGUCGCUCAUGAAGACGAAUGCCCAGCUGGUGAAGGAGGUCGCGGCCCUGACUGAGAAGGGAGAUUCUCUGAAAGCAGCUGUGACCGCCUUAGAGGUAUCGAGUACACGUACAUCCAGCGGUCUCUCACUCUGCCUUACCCUUUCUUAUUCUCUGGUUUUCAACAGGAUGAUCUGGCUGGCAAGGUAGAGGCCUUCACUUACCUGUCUGCUGAGGUACAGCAGCAUCAGGAGGACAUCAAUGAGCUCAAGGACGAGAAUCAGGCCCUGAGACACAAUCAGUGUGCGGAUCAAGAGAAACAGAGAAGGCUGCAAGAGCAGAACAGCAGAAUGGAGCGACGACUUGAGGAUUUGAGAAAGGCCAUCGAGGAGAUGAGGUCUGAAGAGCAACGGCUAGAAGAAGAAGAGAAGGCCCUGCUACAGAAGGUGCGUGAGCUCAAGCGGGACAGCCGCGCCAUUCCUAUCCAAUGCAAACACAAUCCCUCCCAAGAUCCGUUCCACUGCUGCCGCCACUGCCCCUGCCACUUCGUCGGCUACCAUCAGACCGACGAGGCUUCAGCCGCGAGCUUCCCGAAAACUGUUGAGGAUGCCUGCCGACGUAGAGGCCUUUCUUGUGUGGCGCAUCCCAAGGCAAUGAUCAAUAAGACGGCAAAUGGCAGCUGGAUGAUGAAACUGGCGAUCAAACUGGGCCGUGUGAGAGAGAAAAACACACAGAAAGGGCCUCUGUCACCCGUCGACCCAGCCAAAAUAGCCAAGCUGCCCUACGAUGCGACAAUUGAGCAGGAACCCGAUGGGCUGGAAUUUAUUGUUCACUCUCCAUGGCAAGUGAAGGUGCUCGGGAAGAAGCAGAUAGAAGGAUGGCCGCACAACCCCAAGUAUGAGGCUUUUUGAUAGAGUGAGA